AAUAUGCCGUGAAGAACUUGAUAACAUUACUGAUAUGACACCUAUACAAUCUAUUUCUUCCACCAGUACUACUUCAACUAAUCGUUAUUUUGCAUCAAUAUUUGAUAAUAAUGAUGAUGAUAAUCUAUUAAAUAAUAAAAGUGAAUUAGAUAAAUAUUUAGAAGCAUCGCUUGCAUCACCAUCAAAAUGA